UCCGGUGUAUUAAUGAUGGAAGAAUAUUUUCUGUCGAUGUUUGGAAAACACAGAGAUUACGAGUUCUUCUUUUUUGUUUGAAGUUAUGAGAUCUUGGCUUUGAAAGAUAUGUCUGACAAUCAAGGCCCUCCGCCUUCCUAUGAUGAGGCACAGGGGUACCCUCAGUAUGAUGCGUCAGGACAGAUGUCAAAUCUGGGACCACCUCUCUCACAGACAGGCUCCAUUUUCACCUACAACACUGACACUGCCACUCCCCCAGGGGCAUACUCCACCCAGCCAGGCGGACCCCCUCCAAUCACGGGAAUACCCCCACGGCGACCAGGUGCGCCUCCUCCGGAGUAUGUCGGGAGGGCCAAGCAGUACGCUGCAAAGACUCAAACAUAUGGUGCACAGUUUGGAGGUUUUGCACAUCCCCCUGAAGCACAGUAUGGAUCUGCGGCAGCUGGGUACAGCACCAUGUCCACGUCGUACGGGCCAGGUCCCACGGCCCCUGCUGUUGCAGGGUACCAGCCCACAGGCUCAUACACCCACCCAACAAAUGCCACGGCUACCGGGGUGGUGUAUAACCCGUCUCAGGGCACUGUGCAGACGGUGAUGCCUGCUGGCUAUAACACAACCCCUCUGGCUUAUGGAAAAAGAAGUGAAAAUGGGAUCUUGCGGAACAAGGCAUGUGUUCGUAUAAUAUGUGGAUGUGCUGGUUGUGGGCUUUUAGGUUUUAUUAUUUUGUUUUAUAAAUUUUUUCAGUAUUUGGCCUCAUGAAUGUUAACCUUUGAUUUUGGGGUCAUGAACAUGAUGACGCUAGUCACUGUAAGUUAGUGAUCGGUGUUGGGGGGGUCCUGGGGGUCUUCUAAGAUGUGGGGGCACGCCAGAAACCUAUGAUUGUGGGUUCGAAUCCCGGUUCGCCCCGAUUAUGUUUCUAGGUUUGUCAGCACCAUACCCGUGCUCAUGGGUUUCACCGAAGUGGUAAACAUCUGAGACUCGCAUCACUUCGGGCUUUCCUCCAACAUUAAGCUGACAUGCUGUUAACUUAUGUUAACUUAUGACAAGGACCACUUCACUGUCAUGUUAAUUUUGAAAGCUAAACAAAAUACAGUGACGGAAUUUGCUGCAAGAAUCCCAUUAGCCUUUUGCAAAUGGGUCAGUCUUUUGUUAAGGUGGAUCUCGUCCUUGGGCAGCUUCCAAGUUUCCAAGUUCUUCUGAAAGCAGGGCUGUUGGGUAGCCUAGUGGUUAAAGCGUUCGCUCGUCAUGCCGAAGACCCGGGUUUGAUUCCCAUGUUGUGAAGCCCAUUUCUGGUGUCCUCUGCCGUGAUAUUGCAUGAAUAUUGCUAAAAGCAGCGUAAAGCCAUACUAAAUCACUCACUCUGCUGAAAGCAUUGUUCAUAUCUUUCCGUAAUAUUAUUAUUACAAAAAGACGAUAUACAGAAAGAUAACCUUCAAUGUCAUGUUUGAGUAAAUGCCACAUAAUUAAUAACACAUACAAAGCCAGAUAACACCAUUAAUACUGACAUAGUCCUCAUUGUGCCUUCACAUGUCUUUGUGUGACGUAUUUCAAUCUGUAUCAGUUUCCGAGUAAUUCACAGAGUGAAAUGAAUUACGGCAUGACCCCCUUUCUUUGGAUAGAUUUCUUGAGCAAAAGCUGAAUUGAGGCCAGUACUUAACUUCAGGCCGCUGGGCCAUUUCAUGUCCUCUUCCCUCGAAAUGACGAGCAUUUUUUCUUGAUUAUGUUCAUGAAUGGCCAUUUCGAGUGAUGCUGUGCAUUGCAGCCAUCUGCGAGCUGUGGAACUGUCUCAACAGGCACAAUCCUCCUCAGACAAGACGCCACUUCCUUCAGACAAUAAACAUUCUGUGAUUUCAGAUAAUCUUGUUGAGAACAUGUGUAUUCAUUUAAUGUUAGGCAACACUUUCUUAAUUUUAUGCUUCAUGGAUUUAUUCCAGUUUUUCCACACAAGGUCGUUUGAAAUUAUAAUAAAUAUAAAUAGCUAUGUCCAUCAUUCAUUUAUUUUUAUGAAAGCCAUUCUGCCGUGGAGUUAAAACUACAGGUGGCCUUUUGAAUCACUGAUAGUAAUGAAGACAUGGAAUAUAUAUAAGAGGGAUUAUAAAACUAGUGGGAGACAUAAUAGAAAUAAAUACUUUUUUGUUUCAUUUAUUUCUUUUCCACCUGCUUUUCAGUAGUGGUGGCGGGCCCGUGAAACGAACAAUAGCAAUGUGUGGCCUUACCACCCCCCACCCCCCCCCCCACAUAACCCUUAUAAAUUCUGGGUUUUCUUUAAGGCUAAUCCUUAUGUCACUGGUCUCCUAGCUAGUCUUGCUUGAACAAGACAAACAUGUUUAAUAUGUUUCAAUUCCAAUUCGUAGCACUAACUGAAGACUUGAGAACUGGUUCUGAAUUAUAGGAUUUUUACUUCUCCUCAGCACAAUAUGGUAAUCUCCGAAUAGCGAACUAGUGGGAAUUUCAAAGGCUGCUGAUCAUUAAAGGGAGCCUAGGCUAGAGGUGUUUGGCAGUCCUAGCAAAUUUCAUCCAAGCCUCUCCAACACAACUUUCUGUCUGCUACUAGUGCUAGUUCCCAUUCUAUCAUGCAUAUCAAUCUACCAAUUAAUGCUUGCCCAAAUUACAGAGGAAGAAUGCCUCAGUUUUACACAUAGUAGUGAUUGCAAUGUCUAACAAGGGAGACAACUGGCACCAGGAUAUGAAGCAUAAUCCCCUUUAAUUCCUGAAUGCCAUAGUGAGUGAUUGAGUUAAUAUUUAACAUUUAUUGGCAGUAUUUCAGCCAUAUCGUGACGAGAUAAAGUUAAACAUUGACAAUAAAUAUAUUUAGACUGUACAAAAAUGUGUUGAAGAACAAUACAAUAACUAGACUAUCACAGAUUUUAGUUACAACUGGCUGGAGAACAUGUAAGAUAAUAAACUAUCAUUCAACAACACAUAUAAAAACCGGGCUACAGAUUGCCAGCAACCAAAGUUAGGCAACCCUGAUAGGGACCGUGGGGGCUACACUACUUCUACAGCUGGCAGUUAUCCACAGUGUUAUCCAUCAAUUAAAACUUACCAGUAUACUGUGAAUAAAACUACGGUAGGAAUAACAUACUUUGAAAGACAUGGUCUUACGAUGCCCUCUCAGGGGACAAUAUUUUUACAGUACUGCAACCCCCAUUGAGGGCACAGCAACAAACAAUCUCAGUUAAUAUACACGACCAAUAUUUAAAAAAAACAACCGAAAAACAGCUAUGUACAUCAAAAUUUAUCAAUAAGUUCAAUAUCUUUUAAAAAACUGAUCAUUAGACGAGAGGCGAUAUUGUAAAAAAGAUCCUUUAUGGAUGAAACUUUGAAAUAGUUAUCCCUUGUGAUGGAAAAAUCAAUACAGUCAAGCAGGACAUGCUUGAUGUGAACCUUUCAUCACAAGGGAAACAAAAAGGAGAAUCCUCUCCUCAAUAAAUAUUCAUGUGUAUAUCUACUGUGGCCAAUACGACAUUGUCGCAUAAACAAACCUCUUCAAAUCCGGACUGACAGCCCAAGUAUGUGUAACGGAUAUUUGGUGUUAUUGCAUGUAAUUUUUUCAAAACAUAGGUUUAUAGUUGCUGAAAUACAUAAGAAGUGGUGUCACAGAUUUGUUGAGAGCUGCUUUAGCUGCAGCAUCAGCCAUUGUGGCUGUGGCCAUUCCAACAUGGCUAGGCAACCAACUAAGAGACGAUGUUGUAUUGGCCAGUAGCAAGAUUAUUAUGUAAUUCAUUGGUGUCAAGUAAAAUGUCAUAAUACAGGUCUCACAGUACAGGCCUACUGUUUUAUACAUUGUAUAUUCCAUUGUCUGUGUUAUAUAUAUGAACUACUGCCAUGUUGUACAUAUUGUUGGUAUAUAGCUGAUGUUUUUCCCAUAAAUUAUGUUUACUGUAAACACAAAUUGAUUUUACACAUGUACACGCUGUUGACACAAAUAGUGUGUGAUACUUUGUUGUGUUUUUAAAUUGUCAGUAGUGCUCUCAGUGCUUUUGUUGGCAUCCAUGUAGCUUCAUUCAUAAACUUACACAGUGAAAUCCUGAUUAACCAGACAUGGCGAUAGUCCACUAGUCCUUAUAAUGUUAACUUAUAGCAAAUCCCUUAAAAACAGCAUAUUUCUACAACUCUUUAUGAUAUUGGGCAGUUUGGCAAGGACUACUGGUCACUGACUAGUUAUUGACACUUUUUUCAUGUUAAUUCUGAAAUAUCUAUUUAUAAAGUUAACUGUACAAAUAACUUUUAUUUGUGUGAAACAAUAAGCAAAUGCACAUAGUUCUGUCUGUGGAAACAAAUCAGUAGAUUUCUGUUAUAAUGCAACGAGAGUGGAAAUUGAAAUAUCCCGUCCACCAACUGUACCAGUUAUCGACAUCAUCUGAACAGCAUGUGCCAUGUGAUCACUCACGCCGCUUUAGUUAUACAAACUACAUUUUCUAUUUUUUCUGGUAUCGCACUCUUUUUUUACAUUCAUUACAAUCAAUAAGAUGCUUUUAUCCAUUUGUUGUUUGCAAACUGACGUACACCAAUAUUCUCAAAAUUCGAUUUACACAUGCUUAUCCUCCACACUAUGUACUAUGGAUUUUGUGAUAUAUACAGGGUUAUGCAUUUUUGGAAAUAUAGCUCAAAUAGGUUUUAGAAUUGCAUUUUGGGGAAGAAAUGACAAACAGAUAGUAAGCCAUGACAAAACUGGUUGUGCAUCAUUGUGUUGUUGGAUUUUUGUUUACAUGUAAAUUAGUCAUGUGACACCUCCCGCGUGUGUCUUCUAAAGUUGUAUUUGAGCAAGGUGAUUAUAUGGUUUGUCUUUAAUAUUUCUUCCUAAGAGUCAGUUUUGUUCAUCAUUUUUAGAUAAAUAUUCCUCUCUUCUAAUGAAACUGAGCUAAAGUAAAACGAGAUGUGAUCCCGUGCGUGCUAUCACGGGGAGUUGGCGGUAAUUGGCGCUCGGCAAUAACUGGUCGCUAGCCAGUGUAGGACAAGAGCCCAUUUCUGAACCUUGAUACAACACAUACACAUCUUCUUGGCCUGUUUUCUAUAGAGGAGUAAUGAUAUGGUGGGGUUGCAAUAUGAUACUAUGGGAGCGAUACAAUUCAUACCCUGAUACAGUACUUACAUGUCAUAAGUUGAUAUUCUUUCUUAUUGCAAGUGAAUCACAACCAUGAAUCAUUUGUUAUUAAGUUUCAGCGAUCCAAGAUAGGGCAGAACAUAUAGGCUAGAAGGCAUUGUAAAUGUUACGCUAUUUAUGGCCACCCGGGAAAUACUACAGAAUCUGUGUAAGCUGUUUGUUGAACAGUUUCUGUUAAUAUUCAUGUUUUUACAACAAUAUAACUUGUAAUGUAAUGUACCAUAUGUAUCGCUAUACAGGGCUUGUAAAUCAAUGUAUUCUAUCGCGGGCCUCGUAUCAGGAUACAACACCGUAUCUCUGUAUCGUUACACCAGCAUCUAAUAGUAAGGGACCAAUGGUAUAUCAGGCUCCUAUGGUUUAUGGUGGGAUGUCACACUAUUACCAGUGUAGGGAGAAAAUAGGAUCACAACACAGCCCUAUGUUAUAGUGUUCCCCCUGGGGACGCAAGGUUACAGAAUGUCCCUAGCAACCUAUGAUGUCAUACAGGGUCAGACUCAAUGACUUGAUGGACAGCGUGUCAUCGUACACCAGUGGACAGGGAUGUUGCUCAAAAUAUCAAUCACUGGAUUGUCUGGUCCAUACUCAAUUAUUUACAGGCAGCUGGGAAAUAACUACAAUAUUGCCAAGUGUGGUGAGGUAUUUUUAAACAGGAAACAAAUAACUCAUAAUCUGUGGCCUGAUGUCUCGUGAAAUCUUUACAGGGAUUGUGAUGCAUGACUAGAUGCCGACAACUGCAUAAUUGUAUACCUUUAUCAGUCCAGAUGAUGCUCAACUUGCGGGUGAAAUCUAUAUUUAUAUAUGGUCUGCAGGAUUCUGUAUUGCUGAGUCCAAGCUUCCAGCAGGUAGUGUUCUAAUAUACACUUUAUUCAAAGAUGCUUUGCUAAAAGAUCAAAGGUGCCAACUGUACUAUAUCCUAUGACAGGUGCACAUUUAAGUUACGUUGUAAUGGGCUUACGUAAUGAUGCGGUUCCAAUUACCUUCCCGGUAUCUAAUGUAUUCUUGGUAACAUUGUUCUGUCAUUACUGACAAUCAAGAUGCAAGCAUCCGCAUGCUUUAGCUAUUAACGUUCAAGACAGAACUAUACUUUAUUACUGUACACAUGGAGGUGGACAAACUGUUUCUUAGACAUGUGGUUGAUGAGGCUCAGACAGGUGUCUUACUGUGCUGUAAGGAUUUGUAGCCAAUUUGCUGAGCGACCACAUGGAAACCUGUUUGAUUCCAUGGCUAUUGGGGAACCCAAACAGAUUUGUUCUAUGCAAUAGUAUGGUACAACUAGUCAACUGGUUGAGAUCAAUAGUCAACUAGGAUAGUAGCCUUGCUUCAAGGCUGUACUGUAAGAUAAGUCCAUGGAUGUGUAGUAAUUCUAUUCUCCUAAUAGGCAAGUCUAGAUAUUUUGACUUCAGUCUGUACUAGGGACAACUUGUUCUUAUUAUUUACAAAAUCUAAAAUCUAAACUGUAUGAUAAUGAUUAUUGCCUUAGAGCAUGUAGAGACUUGUGCAAGUCUACUAGGACAGCCACUUGUCCUAGUUUAUAGGGCUGGGAGCAGGCCAAAUUGACUACCCAGGUACCGACCCCCUGUUACGUAAUGACUAUUACAGCAGUGUCCUGGGCAUUGGCUCAUGUUUGGGUUUGAGGCCACCCCAUAGUUUGCUAGAACUUUGUGUUAGGUUGGCUGUCUCACAGUCUUGAGCCCGUCUCCAGAUUGCGAAAACAGCUUUUCCAUGACAGGGUCUUGGCUCUGGAAUUUUUAACGACAUGGUCACCUGCGGAUAACAGUCCACCCCGAACUGUUGACACAUGAAUCCAGUUUUACGGUCGUCUGUUAUUGAUGCAGUUAUUUUAUUUCACUGGGAGAAUGACGUUUUCUUACUUCCAACCCCAGUAGACAUGACGAUGAAGAUGAAUGAUAUUUCAUGUGAUGACUGUUGCAGAAUUUUAUACUACUCUAAAUAAGUUCAGGACCACCUGAUUCUUUCACGAAACUAUAGUUAAUCAGUCAUGCCAUGACAGAUCAACUAUAGGGAUAUGAAAGAAUCAGGGGUCAUUCAUUUCUUUUGAGUAGUUAUGCACUAUCAAAUGAUCAUAGUUUUGUAGUUGUGUGAUUGUAUAGUAUUUUUUAUUGAAUAUUAAUGUUUUAUUUUUGCAUGUUAUCUGAAUCAUGUAUUGACAAGAAUAUUUCAUUUUAUUGAUGGCUGUGUUUAUGUGCAAUGUUUUACAAUUUUUGCCUUUUUUACACUGAACAUUACUCAAGCAUUAGGCUCCAUAUUGUGAACCAUCCUGCUCAUCUGGAGAUCACCCUCAGAUUAUUUUUAGAAAAAGGGUCUAGUUAGGACUCCUGAGAUGUACUUAUUACUCAUGUGUGUUGUUUAAUUAAAUGUGCAGACCUUUGUUCAUUAGCUUGUGAACCAUUUUACUACUUCAACUGUCUUGUAUAUUCACAUUUUUGCAAUUCCCUGUUUUCACUUGUACCAUAUAUUCACAUGAUUUUUCAGGUGAACAAUUGACUUGCCUUUACAUGUGUUUGUGACAGGUGCCACUAGUGUGGCAGGAUAUGCUCACAUUUUCGAACACCUGGUAUCAUCUCCAUUUGAAAGCGAUUCAUAAACACAUCCAUAUGAUGUAUCGGUAGUCGGAAUUGUAAACUAUCUUAGAAUUAUUGAUAUGUUUUUUGUUGUUGUUAUUUCAAAAUCACAUCCUUACAUCAAACUGUUCUGUUAACCAGGUAUGGUUCUUGUUGAACUGUGACCUAUGACUGCUUGACUGGGUGUCACUGUUUGGUGUUCUCAGGUUCAUACUUACUCGAUGUGAAGAAAUGUUUUUGAAUGUAGAAAAAGAUCUGGGCUAGAAUAGAUCUUCAGCAACCAAUGCUUGCCGUAAAAGGCAACUAUGCUGGUCUUAAGAGGCAACUAACAGGAUCGGUUGGUCAGGUUCGCUGACUUGGUUGAUGCAUGUCAUCAUAUACAAAUUGUGUGGAUUGAUGCUCAUAAUUUCAGUCACUGGAUUGUCUGGUCCAGAUUCUAUUAUUUACUGACCUCCAUCAUAUAGCAGGAAUAUUGAUGAGGGAGAAGGUACUCUGAAGUGUGAAGGCCUUGAAGAUGAACAAGUCUUCCCCACCUAUAUGGUAUAUCUAGUCUGUCAUAGUGAUGGUAAUACAGGGCCAUUUUGUUACUGUUACUGGCUCUCAUUCUAGUCCAUAUUGUAUUAGCACUGCAGAGUUGAAGCACAGGUCUGUUGUCACCUUGAGAUGAGACUUAUUACUGCAGCGUGUUAUGUUCAUGUCAUAGAUAGACUUUAACUGUUGUAAGUCUUCAAACUAAAAUAUCUGAUAGCCUGCACAUUUAAAAGCAUGACGAUUGCUUUGUUAGAAACCAUUAUGUAACUAACAGGAGUAAGUGAAAGAAUGAAUGAAAUGUUUUAGAUUUUUAAGGCUAUGUUAUCAAGUGUUUCAGCUAUGGCAAAACUUUGUGAAAGUUGAAGAUUCUUUUAUGUCCUAAUGAACUAAUAUUAGAAACAUAAUCAAGGGUCACUUGUGGUACAUGUAUUAUACUACCACAUGAUCUUUGCAUUGGUUUCUAAAGGGUUUGGAAAUCUCAGAAAUCCUUCUUUACCACAGAAUAACAAAUUUCUUUGCUGAACAAUGGGUCAGCAUUUUUUGUGAUAAGUACACAAUUACGUCUAUGUUAAUGAAAUGUUGCAAGAUUCCAAAGAAAUUUCAUUGUAUUUUCAACAGUUCAACAUGUCUGAAACAGGUUUACUAAGAAAGGAGGCAAAAUUAGCAUUGCCUGUAGUUAAAAAAGAAAUGAACUUCUUCAAUGUUGAAUGAUGGCCAAUCAUUUCUGAAUUUCAAAAUUUAUUUUGCAACAUUUGUUUUCAGAAAAUUGUUAAGGCUAUGAUUUUCAGAAUUAUGAAUAUAAGCUCAUUGUUCUGCAAAGUAUGUGGUCGAAUUCAGUGCACUUGGCAUCAAAUCCUUCCAGGACCAAGGCAUGACCUCUAACUGGACAUUCAUACUUCUUUGUAGAGAAGGUCUGUGCGAAACGUUGUAUAGUCUGAAUGUUCUCAAACCUGGUCAAAUAUCUAUCUCACAACAUCGUCUGCAUUGGAUGUUAGAUUUUAUUCAUGGUAAUAAACUGUUGUUACUUUGUUGAA